AUGGAGGCCAGCGUAACACCAGCAUGGAAGGCACAAGCGCGUACACACGCGACCGCCAUUUCUACCGCUUCCACCGCCAACUCCUCCCUCGCGGCUUCAGCUUACGUGUCGUCCGCCGUGCCGAAGGCGCAGCACCACCACAGCCAACGACGCGGCCCCGGCUUUCUCUGCCCGCGCUCGCGGAUCGUUUACAUGCGCGCACCGUUCACGCGGCCACACAGGCGGCACGUUCCUAGCGUGCUCGUACCGUCGCGGUCGGGGAGGCGCGGCCGCGGAGACGGCCUUAAAUGCGAUGUGUUAGUGCCUGGGUGUCCUUCUCCCGGCGAGCUGAGUGAAGGGGAGGGGGAGAAUUCGCGCGGACCGGACGGGCUCCGGUGGAGGCGCGGGCAGAGGGGCUCGGCGCGCAGCGAGAAUUUGGCGGUGGAGCAGCAGGCGGAAGAAAAACCCGAUAAUUGGGACUUUGUUGGGUCAAGUGGCGAUUCUUCGGGUUCUGGAGACGAGGGUUCGAAUCCUCAUGAGUUCACAUUUUCGGCGGAGAACAGUGUGAUGGUGGACCAAGUGCGAAUGCUACAGCACAUCCACUCCUGCGCGCACGCGGAAGAGGAUCUUGCGGGAGGGGAUGCAAGGGGGAUAAUGCGCGCGACCGCCGGGGGGAUGAAGCCGCGCGUGCUGAAAGCAAGCACGCCGAUUCGUGAUAUUUAUAAGUCGGAAGGUACGCCAGGCGAAGUUCGCCAAUUCAGGGUUAGAGGGGGAAAGUACGUAUGGAAAAGGAAGGUGGGAAAAGGGAGAAGGUUGGGGGAAUGGAGGUCCGUGGACGUGAAUGGGGUCACGGAGGAGAGACAUGAGACUGCGGAGCCUCCGUUCCGCGUCGCCCUUACUUCCCCCUCGCCUUCUCUCCGCUCCACACGGUUCCCUCCUCCCCCCUUCCCCCCUCCUUCCCCCCCCUCACCUCCCCAUUCCUCUCUUCCCUCUCCUUUCUCCCCUCUCCUUCCUCCCUCGGUUCCGGCAGGUCCUAUCGACGAGGAUGUGGUGUGCAUGCAGGCUGACUGGCCGCUGACGUGGACGCACAUCACGCUCGCGACUGGCGUAUCGGUGGGCUCCGGAAUUGCCGGGCCCGAGGACGUCACGAUGCUCACUCAGGCGACAACUUGCACCGCCAUUCUAUGCUUGCAGGGCGAGGAGUCCUUGGAGUCGUUCGGAGUUAACUGGAAGGCCGUUCAGGAGCAGGCGGAGCAGUGCGACGUCGCCAUGUUCCGCGUUCCCGUGCCGGAAUUCGACCAGCAGAAACAGGUAACCCGAGUUGCUGGUAUGGUGGAGGCGGUGCGUCUCCUGGCGUCGCUGCUGGUGACAGGUCACAGGGUCCACGUGGCAUGCGCUACAGGGAAGAACUGCAGCCCGCUGGUCGUGCUCGGCUACCUGACGUUCUUCCAGGGCCUCGCGUGGAGCGAAGCCAAGGCCAUGAUCGUUGACAGCGUGCCGUCCGCCGACCCGUCGCACGAGGCGUGGGAGCAGCUCGUGCUGUCAGCAGCGGACGGGGUGGGCCCGCACAAAAGGUCGGGACAGGAUGACGGAGCUGCCAGAGGAGCAGUACCAGCGCCGCAUAUAGCUGGGCGCGCCUUCCCCUUUAGUACUCCUUGCCCGGCUGGUGCUCUCAGCAGCGGACGGGGUGGGCGCGCACAGGAUGACAGAGCUAGCAGAGGAGCAGUACCAGCGCCGCAUAGAGCAGGGCGCGGGCGAUACACCAUGCCUCAUCCUCUCACCCCAUCCACCCAUUCCCCCAUUUUCCCCCUCUCCUCCCCGCUCCCCUAUUCCCUGCCUCGCCCAGGCUCGUCUGGUGCUGUCAGCAGCGGACGUGGUGGGCGCACACAGGAUGACAGAACUAGAAGAGGAGAAGUACCAGCGGCGCAUAGAGCAGGGCGCACCUUCCCCUUAAGCACUCUUCCCGCCUACUUCCCCUGUCUCCCCUCCCCCAUUCCCUGCCUGCCUCUCCCAGGCCCGGCUGGUGCUGUCAGCAGCGGACGGGGUGGGCGCACACAGGAUGACAGAGCUAGCAGAGGAGCAUUACCAGCGGCGCAUAGAGCAGGGCGCGGGCGAUACACCAUGCUUCAACCCCCUACCCCUUCCCUCUCUCCCCCUCCUUCCUCCGGUAUCACCCAGGCUCGUCUGGUGCUGUCAGCAGCAGACGGGGUGGGCGCGCACCGAAUGACGGAGCUAGCAGAGGAGCAGUACCAGCGGCGCAUCGAGCAGGGCGCGGGCGCGGAGGGCGGGGGGCAGACGGCAAGGGACGACUGGGAGGAGGCGCAGAGGCGACUCAUCACAGAGACUCUCCAGCACAGGGUGUCCGCUGACGUCACCAUCUCGCAGUCGCUCUCCAAGGCGGCAUCUCGCCAGGCGUCAUCCCCCAAGCCACGGGAGGUGCAGCCGAGGGAGGCGCAGAGCUUCUCUCCUGUGGUGGACUCGCAGAUGGCGCCUCCACUGGAAACGCCCUUCCAGGUACCUCCUACCUCUCUGCAGCACAGGGUGUAUGCUGAUGUGGCCAUCUCCCAGUCGCUCCCCAAGGCAGCAUCUCGCCAGGCGUCUUCCCCCAAGCCACGGGAGGUGCAGCCGAGGGAGGCGCAGAGUUUCUCUCCUGUGGUGGACUCGCAGAUAGCGCCUCCCCUGGAUACGCCCUUCCAGCAGCCACACAUCCUCGACUCAGUCUACUCAUUCGUCAACGAUCCCCCUCCCAUGCAUGGCCCUCUCUGCCACCUCUCAUUGCCCCUCACUGCAUUUGCAUCCCUUCACUCCUAUUGUUGUUACCCCCCUCCACCCUGUCCCCUCCCCUCACAGCAGCAGCCGCACAUCCUUGAUUCCGUCUACUCCUUUGUCAACGACCACCACUCUCACGCAUGGCCCCUCGCUGCCCCGCCUCCCGCUGACGCGCCUCCUGCUUUUGAGGAGGGUGUACUAGGGGAGGUUGUUCUGGACGGGGAGGGUGUUGUGGGGGAGGUGUCAUCUGGAGUGGAGGAGCGCAUUGCACUGCUGGAGCAGAAGCACCUGGCGGCCAUGGCUGCUGCUCGGUCUGCCACAGAACAGGAGCGAUUCUUCAUGCAGCACGUGAGCGAGCUGAGGGUGCGAUUCUUCAUGCAGCACGUGAGCGAGCUGAGGGAGAGCGAGACUGCAGCGCGCAUGGAGGCAGCAGCAGCACACGAGCGCAUAGCCCUGCUCACCGCCCAGGUCGAAGCCCUCAACCUCUUCCAGCAGCAGCAACAGCAGCAGGAGGAGGAAGAAAGGCAGCAGCGUGAGAAGGAGCAGCAGGAGCAGAGGGAACAGCAGGAGUUGCAGGCUGCUGCGUUCCUGGGAGUAGAUUCUGCAGCUGCUGCUGCUGCAGCGGCGGCGUCGGCAGAAGCAACGGCGGCAGCAGUGGCUGCAGCAGCAGCCGAGGCCGAAGCAGCCGCAGCAGCAGCAGCGGAGCGAGAAUCGGCACUCCAUUCCCAGCUCACGGAAGUUUCCCAGGAGCUUUCCCUCCUUCAGGAGCGAGAGAGGGAGCUUUUAUCGGCCCACGAAGCAGCAGAGGCGAAAGCACAGGCAGCAGAGGAGCGGGCGGCUGACUUAGCUAACAGAAUCGCGCAGAUGGAAGAAAUGGAAGCAGCAGCAAAGGAAGCAGCGGCGGUGGCUUUGGAGCGAAUGCAAGCACUUGCCGAACAGGUGAAGGAACUUUCUGAGAAGGAGCGCGCGGCCUCCGCACGGAUGGGCGAGAUGGAGACGCGGCUGGAGGAGGCUUCCGAGAAAUCGGCGGCGGAUCACGACCUGAUGGUGAAACUGGAAGACCGGGCAGAACGGGCAGAAAAAGAAGCGAGGAAGGCCCAGGAGGCGCUGGGAGCGGCCAACGAGCGAGUGAAAUUUUUCUUCCGGGUGAUGAGAGGGCUCCGGGAUAGGGAGAGGGCAGCGAAAGAAGCUAUGCACGCUGCGACAGACCGGCUUGAAGCUGCUGUGACUGAAGCGGAGAACCUCCGGAGGAAGGACGAGUUGAUGCGAGAGGCGUGGGCGGUGGCGAGCGAGCGGAUUGAGCUGCUGACGCGGCAGGUGCAGCAGGUGGAGGGGCUGAAAAUGGAGGUGAAGCGAGAAGCGGUGGAUGCUGCGAAGGUGUUCUUGCAUGAGAGUGAUGAGCACAGGCUGAUGGCUGCUAGGGAGGAGUUGAGUGCGGCGGAGGAGAGAGAGAGGAUGCUGCAGGCGCAGUUGGAGAGGCUGGGUGCUGAGCUGGCGGCGGCAAGAGAUGACAUGGCGGAAAGGGAUGCCAGGCUGGCGGCGGUGGCUGCUGAGGUGGCGGAGAGGGAGCGGGUGGUGGAGGAGAGCCGGGCGGCGAUUGGGGCGGCGGAGAAGAGGAUUAAGGAGCUGGAGGAGCAGGUGGGGGUGGCGGAGGAGAGGGAGCGGAAAGCCAAGAGGGAGGCUGAGGAGGCAGAGGCGGUACUAGCUGCUGCUCUGGCUGCUGCCGAGACGAAAGACCGAGAGUAUACCCUCAUGGAGACGCCUCAGAAGACUGCUGCAGCUGCAGCAGCUGGAGCUGUUUCCGCUGUUGCUGCUGCUGGUGGUGCCAGCAGUGCUGCCGGUGCAGCAGCGAGCGGUGCAGCAGAUCAGCUGAUAGCCCGCCUGCAGUCGCAAGUGGCUGCCAUGUCCAGUGAGCUUGAAGGGGCCCGCAACGCCGCUGCUGCUGCGAGCGAACGGAGUGCGUUCCUCAUGCGGCAGGUGGCUCGGCUGAAGGGGACUGCUGCUGCUGACGCUGUGUCUCGGUCCCAGGGGGGUUCAGGAGGAGGGAAAGGGGAAGGGUCGAGCUCGAAACACAGAGUGGCGGCUUUAGAGGUGGAGAUUCGAGCGUUGGAGAAGCGCGAACGGGCAGCGCGGGCAGAAGCGGAGGCGGAAAAGGCCCGGGUGCGGGAGCUUGCGGCGCAGGUCGGGCAGCUGGAAAGCAAGGAGCGUGCAGCCCGGGAGAAACUUCAGUCGUCGCAGGACCGGGUGGGGUUCUUCCUGCGUCAGGCUGUGGAGCUGAGGGAGAGGGAGGGCGCGAGUAAGAGCGCGCUAAAAGAGACUUUUAAGAAAGUGGAGGGGUUGUCGCACCAGGUGGGGCUGCUGCAGGGGGAGUUGGUGCGGGCGAGCAAGGAGUCCGGCAAGUCUACAGAUGCUGUGGAGAGGCUGCAGCUGCUAACAAUGGAGCUGAAAGAAAAGUAA